AUGGCUCGAGCUGUCGGCAAAAUGUGGGAAAAGUACUGCCUACGUCCCGCUCUCGAUUCUAGUCCCACAUUCAUUCCCGUCUUCCUCUACGGCACAGCCUGGAAGAAAGAACAGUCCGCGGAUCUCGUCUACGCUGCGGUCAACGCCGGUUUCCGGGCCAUAGACACGGCGGCCCAGCCGAGACAUUAUCAGGAAGAUCUAGCUGGUGAGGGAAUCCGCAGGGCUAUUGCCGAUGGUAUUGUUCGCCGGGAAGACUUAUAUGUGCAAACCAAGUUCAGCCCCAUCGGGGCGCAAGACCCGAACAACAUGCCGUAUGAUCCGAAAGCCUCUGUGACGGAACAGGUUCAUACAUCCAUCAAGUCCUCCCUGCACAACCUGCGGCCGUCCUCGGACCCGGCCAGCGUGGAUGAUGCUUACAUUGAUACGCUAGUGAUUCACUCACCGCUACGUACCUUGGAAAUGACCCUUGAGGCUUGGUCUGCAUUGGAGACUUACGUGCCUCACCGGAUCCGGAACUUGGGCAUCUCCAAUUGUUCGUUGCCCGUGCUUCGCGAGAUUAACGACUCUCCUCAGGUUAAGGUGAAGCCUGCAGUGGUGCAGAACCGAUUCUACGAGGACACCUCGUUUGAUGUCUCUCUACGGGCCUUCUGUCGCGAGCAUCAGAUCAUCUAUCAGAGCUUCUGGACUUUGACGGCCAACCCGGACCUGGUACAUUCCACGCCCGUUCAGCAAUUGGCGGCGCGCACCAACACAAGUCCUGCGGCUGCGCUGUACACUCUAGUGAUGGGACUGGGCGACGUCACCGUGCUAAAUGGAACCAAGAAUGAAGGACGCAUGAGCGAGGAUCUGGAAGCACCGAAGAAAGUGGAGGAGUUCACGCAGGCGCAGCCAGAGCAGUGGCAGCAACUCCUUACGGGCUUCCGAGCAUUGAUCGGAGAAAAUUAG